AUGCCCUUCGGUGCCCAAGGGACUACCGGCAAUGCAGGCCAAGGAGCUACAGGUCCGAGAGGCGCUGAGCGGCGGCAUUCAGCACCUGCACGACCGCGCGAACGGAAGGAAUGGACGGUUCCUCCUCCUCCAGGUCUUACACUGCGUGAACGCAUUGAGAAGCGUGAACGCGAAGCGGGAUUGCGUUGUGAUGAAGUUAGUUGUAGUCUUGCUCCGACGGAUGAUGAUCCGUUGCCUCAUUGGCCGGAAGACAUGUUGGAGAAACUUGCCGUCCGACGCGAUGGCUCUGCGAACAAUGAACCUCUAUGCGCGCACCGCUUCCAUCCGGCCUGCCUUGUUGAUGCAGGUCGUGUUGCGGGAUGGGAUGGACGUGGCGAAGACGGUGUUGUCGAAGUAUCAUGUCCUAUUUGUCGUACUAUCGGACACGUUGAAGAGGAAGAGUGGAGAGCUGGUGAAAAAGCGUGUGGAGCCGCUUUCACGCAAUGA